AGUUGUUGUAGCUGUUAAAUUUUAAACUGCCAUACAGUCUGCUUCCAGUAUGCUAGGAGCUGUGAAAAUGGAAGGACACGAACACUCAGACUGGAGCAGCUACUAUGCGGAACCAGAGGGUUAUACCACUGUGAGCAACAUGAAUGCUGGGCUUAGUAUGAACACAAUGAACACUUACAUGAGUAUGUCUGCCAUGAGUACCACUGCCAAUAUGACAGCUGGUUCUAUGAAUAUGUCCUAUGUCAACACUGGAAUGAGCCCAUCUCUGGCUGGCAUGUCUCCUAGCACUGGGGCUAUGACGGGUAUGGGUACAGGGGUGGCGAGCAUGGCUACCCACUUAAGCCCUAGCAUGAGCCCCAUGAGCGCCCAGGCAACUUCUAUGAACGCUUUGGCACCAUACACCAACAUAAACUCAAUGAGCCCUAUUUAUGGACAAUCCAAUAUUAAUAGGUCUAGAGACCCUAAAACGUACCGGAGAAGUUACACCCAUGCCAAGCCACCUUACUCUUAUAUCUCGCUCAUCACCAUGGCUAUACAGCAGUCACCCAACAAGAUGCUCACCCUCAGCGAGAUCUACCAGUGGAUAAUGGACCUCUUCCCCUUUUACCGUCAAAAUCAACAGCGCUGGCAGAAUUCCAUCCGCCAUUCACUGUCAUUUAAUGACUGUUUCCUUAAGGUGCCCAGGUCUCCAGACAAACCUGGAAAAGGCUCCUUUUGGACUCUACACCCAGAUUCAGGGAACAUGUUUGAGAAUGGUUGCUAUCUGAGGAGACAAAAGCGCUUCAAGUGUGACAAGAAACAUACUCCCAGAGAAGGUGGUGGGAAAAAGUUGUCAGAGGGAGCAUCGAGUGUUGGGUCAGCUGCCACUAACAGCUCAGAUAGUUCGGGGGGCAACGAAUCUCCUCAUUCAAGCUCAUCUCCAUGCCAAGAACAGAAAAGGUCUCUUGUAGAUAUGAAGUCAAACCAAGGCUUAAGCCCAGACCACACACAUUCUCCAAAUUCCCAAGCCCAGCAUUUGCUCUCCCAACACCAUUCAGUCUUGUCCCAUGAAGCCCAAUCCCAUCUAAAACCAGAACAUCAUUAUUCGUUUAAUCACCCCUUCUCUAUUAAUAACUUAAUGUCCUCUGAGCAGCAGCACCAUCAUCACCAUCACCACAAUCACCAUCACCAUAAAAUGGACUUGAAAGCAUACGAACAGGUGAUGCAUUAUUCUGGCUAUGGGUCCCCAAUGGCCGGCAGUUUAGCUAUGAGCUCUGUAACGAACAAAACUGGUUUAGAAUCUUCACCAAUUUCCAGCGACACCUCAUAUUAUCAAGGUGUGUAUUCUAGACCGUUAAUGAACUCUUCCUAAGCGUCUAAAACUAUUGGACUGAUGACAAUUCUGUAUAUAUUUAAAGUGCUACUAGUAAUUUGUCUAAACACCCCUUUAAAAAAAUUGUACAGUUUUGUUUUUCUCUUAGAGAUGUCGAGCUUGUUUGAAUUUAUUUGUGUUUGUUUUUGUUUCAGGAAGUUUAUUUUUGUGAAAGUGACGGAUCCUAAUAUUUCUGUGUGAAACCUGUAGUUUCUUCUAAGGACCAAAAGUAUGUAAUAUUCAUAUUGUAAAGAGAUGCGGAAUAUAUUGUUGUAAUUGAGAAAAGUUGAUGUUUUUUUUUUUCUUUGGAGGGAGGGGGUUUGAAACUGGUUAAUUUAUGGUUUCUGUAUGCUUUAUUUAUGACUAUGUAUUUUUUGGCUUUACCAAGCCAGAUUUUAACAAGCUAUUAAAAACCGUGUUACCAUUUA